AUGGAUUCCAUUUUACAAGGGCUUAAUUUUGUCUUUUGUUAUUUAGAUGAUUUACUUAUCGCUAGUGACAACGAAGUUCAACACAGGCAGCAUUUAGAAAUAAUUUUUAAAAAGUUUAAUGAAUAUGGAAUUUCAAUUAAUUUGGCAAAAUGUUGUUUCGGACAAACAAAACUAGAAUUUUUGGGACACGAAAUUAGUACUGAAGGUGUCAGGCCGUUGCAAGAUAAGGUUCAGGCAAUUGUGGAAUUUCCGAAGCCGAAAACUAUUUCAGAGCUAAGACGUUUUCUCGGCAUGGUUAAUUUUUAUCGAUCUCAUCUCCCCAACGCUACUUUAUAUCUAACAGAAUUAAAUAAGUAUCUUAAAAGCUCAAAGAAAAAUGAUAAAACUCUUAUCGUCUGGAAUGAUAGUGCGAACGAAGCAUUUACGCAGUGUAAGGCAGGUCUCACACAGGCCGCUACAUUGACGUACCCUAGAGUGGAUUCCGCACUCGCUAUAAUGACUGACGCAUCUAAUACAUGCGUGGGAGCAGUCUUGCAACAAAAGGAAGGAGAUAUCUGGAAACCAUUGGGUUAUUUCUCAAAAAAAUUGACCACCACCCAACAGCGAUAUAGCACCUAUGAUCGCGAGUUGCUCGCUAUAUACUUAGCUAUAAAACAUUUUCGGAAAUUAUUUGAAGGUCAAGAAAUAACCGUGUAUACGGACCAUAAACCUUUAACUUUUGCAUUUCAAAAGGUAGGACGCGAUGAAAGCGAAACGCCUCGGAGAACGAGACAUUUAGCUUUCAUAAGCGAGUUCACUACAAAUAUAAAACAUAUAACCGGUUGUGUCUUUCUUCGGACCGAAAGCAAAAGUAAAGUUACGAUUAGGCUGGUUAUGGCCAAAAGUAGAGUAGCGCCAAUUAAAAGAUCAAUAACUUUACCUAGAUUGGAGCUAAUGGGAGCGCUUAUUGCAUCGCGGCUUGCAAAUGAGAUAAGUAGAACGUUGUUUACCGACGACACCUGCCCGUUAUAUUGUUGGACAGACUCCGCGGUUGUGUUAGCCUGGAUCCAAAGACAGUGUUAUUGGAAGCCGUUUGUGAGCAAUAGGGAUGGCCCUGCUUGGCUAUUAUCUGACGAAGAACUGUGGCCUCAGUCUAAUCACAUCGCAGUAGAUGAGAACGCUGUUUCCAUAGAAGCAAAGAAGGAGGUACUUGUAAAUACUAAUGUAGAUACUGAACAUUUUAGCGAGAAGCUUUUAUACUUUUCUAAGUAUUCAAGAAUUGUACGUGUAGUAGCUUGGAUAUUCCGAUGGAGAAGGCGACGAAUGUUUAGUAUAGCUUAUAUAAGCAAUGAUGAGUUCGAAGAAGCUGAGAAUAUACUUAUAAGACUUAUUCAGGGUGAACAUUAUGUAAAUAGAACUAAAUUGAAUAAGAAACUGUGCAUACAUUUAGAUAGUAAUAGUAUUAUGAGAGUAAAGACUAGAUUAGGUUUAGGAAAUUAUGAUAAAGAUUUUUCGAGUCCCAUAUUAUUACCAGGGAAAAAUGUCAUUGUGAGGCGACUCGUUGAAGAGAAACAUAUAUACUUAAAGCACAUUGGAUCACAUACUUUAAUGUCAGAGCUGAGAAACAGAUUCUGGAUUACAAGUGUGAGAUGGCUAUGUAAGGAUAUAGUUAAGAAAUGCAUAAUUUGUCGUAGGCAAAAGGGCAUACAUUAUGAUACACCGGAGAAACCACUCCCUCUUGAACGGAUUCAAGGCACGGCAGCGUUUCAAAUGACAGGUAUAGAUCUGGCCGGGCCGUUGUAUUUACAUAAUCAAGAGAAAUGUUGGGUGGUUUUAUUUACUUGCGCGACAUUUAGGGCUGUGCAUUUUGAGAUCGUAGAUUCAUUGUCCACAAAUAGUUUUAUUAUGUAUCUUCGUAGAUUUAUUGCUCGAAGAGGUCGUAUAGAUGUCAUUUUCACGGACAACGGAACAAAUUUUCGAGGGACUGCCAAUUUACUGAAGGAUAUUAAUUGGCAGGAGGUUGAAAGUGUGACGGCAGUCCAUGCUAUAAAGUGGCGUUUUAUUCCACCUAGAACUCCUUGGUGGGGAGGUUGGUGGGAGAGGCUCAUUAGAGUAUUAAAGGAGAUGUUGCGAAGAAUAUUGGGGCGUCAGCGAUUGACUUGGGUAGAGUUGGACACAGUCUUGUGCGAUUGUGAAGCUGUCAUUAAUAGUCGGCCACUAACAUAUGUCUCGACUUGUACCGACGAUUUGCGGCCACUUACACCUAUGUUAUUUCUACAUGGCUUACCUUCUAAUGAUACUUCUGAUUUAGAUUAUGUAGAUAAUAUGAAUUUAAAUGUAAGAUACAAAUAUUUACAAAAGUUGAGAGAAGAUUUCAGAGUUCGAUUUCGUAAGGAGUAUUUGGCUUUACUUACAGCUAGAUGGAAGGAGAAGACAAUAGAAAUGAAGAAAGGAGAUAUAGUUCUAGUAGAGACAGACGCGAAAAGGCUAUUUUGGCCCUUGGGGUUAAUCAUGGAAGUAGUUACCGGGGCUGAUGGUGUUACUCGUUUGGCUAGAGUCAAGACUCAAAAAGGUGAAACUUUAAGACCAUGUCAGAGAUUGUAUCCGCUUGAGAUUUCAAAUGAUUCUGACCUCUUGCAACGAGCUGAAGUAACGAUAGAGGAUGAGAAGUUAUCAGUAAGUUCAGAUAGUCCCGACUUACCCUCCUCGGUUACAGGUGGCGCGAAGGUGACGAAAACAACGCGGUGCGGUCGAAAUGUGAAAUUGCCUGCUCGGUACUUAUGA